GGCCCUUUUUCAACCUUGACCUAGUACUGUAAAAUACGCCUCUUUCGUUUCAGCAUGUAAAAGAACGUCUCGUGACAGCUUCGUGUUGGGCAGUGUAAUUUGGGAGUGUAUUUUGUAAGCUGUUUUAUGUAGUUUAGAAAUAAAAGACUUGCUUGCAAAUGGAUGUUCACGGUCUACCGUUAGUGGGUCCGGGCAUCGAUUACACAAAGGUGGAAGCCAUCAAUCAGAAGAGGACCAUUGCAUUUAUCAACCAUUUCAUCGUCCAUACAUCAAGGUUUCUGAACCGCUUUUCUUAUGUCUGUGAAGAGAAAUUGGAAGCACUGAAUACUAGGAUUCAACAACUGGAAAUAUCCCUCAGUUUACUGGAAGCAAAGCUGUCAUCAAUACCAGGCUUAGAAAAUGUGACAAUAGCAACAUCAUCUGCAGCAACUGGAUCAUCAUCAGUUUCAGCAGGUACAGAGAGCAGCAUCACAACAGCAACUUCUGCUGUGACUCCUGGUUCAACACCAGGGCCUCCUGCUGUAGUACCAGAGCCUGAGAAAGUGGUUGUAGAAGCAAAGCCAGAGAAGACUGUAUCCCAAGACCCACGUUAUAUGAAGUAUUUCAAAAUGUUGCAAGUGGGUGUGCCAGAACCUGCUGUUAGGGGCAAAAUGGCUGCUGAUGGCUUAAAUCCAGAUUUGCUCAAUACACCAGAUGCCCCAGCACCAUUGGACAACAUCCAAAAGGAGGCGGAAGGGGAUAGUAGUGAUGACAGUUUGUCUGAUAGUGAUGCCAGCUUCAGUGAUUAAGCUUCACUAAGGAAUGGAUAUACCCAUUUUAUUUAGUGAUGUCAUUAUCUGUGAUUAAUGACUUAAGUCACCAUCAUGAUAUUGCAGUGCAUUUGUGCAGGGAUGGUUACAUAUAAGAAUGAUAUACUGAUUGCAUAGAUUAGCUGAUACCAUUUAGGCUGUUCAUAUAUUGUAAUAAAAUGUUGAAUUUAUAAAGUGUGAGAGGAUUAAGAAUAGGUCUGAUUAUGAUGCUGUGAACGAAUUUAGCGAUUUUUUUUUUUAAAGUAAGCAAGACAGUGAUGAUUGUGAGAGAAGAUCAUAUCACUGGCAUAUAUAAUAAUCCAUUGGGUGUACCAAUGGGCUUAGCUAGCAUACACCAAUAAAACCUAGAUGUAUAACACCUACAACCACAAGUUUUAGUAGAGUAUGUGCUUGCAGUUUUGCAAAAAUUGUUUAUGAAUUAGGAAUGUUUAUCACUUAAGUCAAUUUUCUUGUGCUGUUAUGUAGUUUAAACUUGUAAAAUAAGCUAUUUUAUAGCUUUGCUGUAUUUAUUUUCAACUGCAUUCCAUUUUAUUAAAAAAAUUUAGCCACAAGAUCAAGAGGACCAUAGAUUAUACUGUUUUAUACCUGUUUGUUAGGGAAUGUGAGUAUGCCUUAUUUAUAUAGACAUUGAUAAAUCAUUUUAAAAUUUAAUUCAUUGGUGCUAAAAUAGCAAAUUUUCACAAAAAUAUUAUCAUAUAAAAAUUCUUUGUUAUCUUCGUUGACAGAAAUCUUUCAGUUGAUUUGUUUUAAGUAUUGUGCAUGAUACAGAAUUCGUUGAAUCCAGUGACUGUGACUGAUUAGCUGAAAACAGAUUUCCUACAUUUCAGCGGAUUUUUUUUCUGUUGUGCUCUGUUCUCUGAUUCAUUUCACUUACAUGCUACUUCACAGUGGAACCACAUAAAUGUGUGCAUGUGAGUUGCAUAGUUACUUUUGAAGUCUAACAGAUUUUGUUAUUGCCAGAAACAAAUGGGAGCAAUAGCCCUGAAUUAUAAAUGUGCAGCAGAUGUAUAAAUGAUGUCUGUUGAUGGGUGAAGUGUGGUGAAAUAAGUGAACAUUGAUGCAAGAAAAGAGAAAAGUAUUACAAUGUGUUGUUUUAAAUAUAUAAUAAAAUUCGACAUUUUGAAACUGAAA